GAUGUCUUACCAACAGCAGCAGUGCAAGCAGCCCUGCCAGCCUCCUCCUGUGUGCCCACCCCCAAAGUGCCCAGAGCCUUGUCCUCCUCCAAAGUGCCCUGAGCCUUGUCCUCCUUCACAGUGCCCUGAGCCUUGUCCUCCUCCAAAGUGCCCAGAGCCUUGUCCUCCUCCACAGUGCCCUGAGCCAUGCCCCCCUCAGCCAUGGCAGCCAAAGUGCCCUCCUGUGCAACCUUCUCCACCCUGCCAGUCGAAGUGCCCACCCAAGAGCAAGUGA